UUGGAAGUCACAUGACUUCACCGGAAGAGGCGAGAAACAAGGAAGUGGCUUUGAUAACAGUGAGCAAUAAUAUUAUUAACCGUCUGACUAAACAAUGUGGAAAGCUACAGCUGGUAGAGAUAUCAAGACAAAUGCUCCUCCAUCUAGUAAGGGAGAGGAUGAUGAUUGGGAAACAGAUGCAGAUUUUGUUAAUGAUGUGACAGAAGAAGAACAGAGAUGGGGUGCAAAAACAGUUGAAGGAUCAGGUCGACAAGAGUCAUUAAAUUUAAAAAAGCUGAGAGAGCAAGUGUCUGUAGAUGAUAAAGAAAAUAAACAGAAAGAGUAUGAAAAAGGUCCCAAAGCAUCUGAGGGUUAUGGCGGUAAAUUUGGUGUACAGAAAGAUCGUAUGGACAAGUCGGCUGUAGGUCAUGAAUACCAUGAAGAUCUAGCGAAGCAUGCUAGUCAAGUUGAUGUCAAGAAAGGAUUUGGUGGCAAGUUUGGCGUGCAGUCAGACAGAGUAGACAAGUCUGCUGUGGGUUACGACUACCAGGGAAAAGUUGAUAAACAUGAGUCACAGAAAGAUUACAGCAAAGGUUUUGGUGGAAAAUUUGGCGUACAGACUGACAGAGUUGAUAAAUCCGCUGUGGGCUAUGAGCACAAAGAGAAUGUACCCAAACACGAGUCUCAAACAGAUUAUUCCAAAGGCUUUGGUGGCAAAUUUGGUGUUCAGAAAGACAGAGUGGAUAAAUCAGCUGUGGGUUAUGAUUAUGAAGGGAAGACAGAGAAGCACGCCUCCCAGAAAGAUUUCAGCAAGGGUUUCGGAGGCAAGUUUGGUGUUCAAACCGACAGACAGGAUAAGUCUGCAGUGGGUUACGAUUACCAGGAAAAGUUACAGCUGCAUGAAUCUCAAAAAGAUUUUAGCCAAGGCUUUGGAGGCAAAUUUGGUGUUCAGACUGACAGACAAGAUAAAUCUGCCAUGGGCUAUGAUUAUCAGGAGAAACUGCAGCUGCAUGAAUCUCAAAAAGAUUUUAGCAAAGGUUUCGGGGGAAAGUUUGGGGUUCAGUCUGACCAUAUGGAUAAAUCAGCAGUGGGAUACGAACAUCAGGAAAAACUGGAAAAGCAUGAGUCCCAAAAAGAUUAUACAAAAGGUUUUGGAGGCAAGUUUGGAGUUCAGACAGACAGGCAAGAUAAGUCUGCUAGGGGUUUUGAAGAUAUGGAGGGAGUCAAGUCAGGCUAUCAGAAACCUCAGGCAGAUAAAAGUUCAGAAGGUGCCAAGAAUUUGAAAGCCAGAUUUGAACAAAUGGCCAAAGGUGGAGAAGAGGAGUCUAAAAAGAGAGCACAAGAAGAGAGAGAAAGAAGAGAGGCCAGAGAGAAGAAGGAAAGAGAAGAGCAGGAAAAACAGAGACAGGCGCGACUGGAUAAAGAAAGGUGGGAAGAGGAACAGAGAAAGAAAGCCGAACCUGAAGCUGAGCCUGAGCAGGACACAUCCCAACAGGAUACAUACUACCAACCUGAAUGCCCGGAAGACACAUACAAUCAGGCAGACUCAGAACCACCUGUAUAUCAUGAAGAGCCCAAGCCCUCCAGAGUCCAGCCAGAGCCAGAAUAUGAGCCUGACGUGUACAAUAAUCCCACUGAUGAUGAUUACUAUCAAGCGGAAGAGCCACAAGAAGCCCCAGCAGAGCCAUCUCAUCAGCAAUCAGAGGGUCUUACUGCCAUUGCUUUAUAUGACUAUGCAGCUACUGACGAGGAUGAGCUGACCUUUGACCCUGAUGAAAUCAUUACAGAUAUUGAAAUGGUGGAUGAAGGCUGGUGGAGAGGUAAAUGUCGUGGUGUCUCUGGUCUAUUCCCUGCCAAUUACGUUGAGCUCAGACAGAAGUAGUACGCCUUUCCUCUAUAUUACUCUUUUAUCUCCUUAUGACAGCUAUUUAAACUCAGUCUGUUUCAUUUGGUUUGGCUAGACGAUUUCUUUGCAAUAGAAGUCAUUGUACACUUUACUGAAUCAUUUUAGUUCAAAUUGUCAGAUUGAUAGAAUUAGUUUAUACAAGUGUCCUUAAGACUUAUCAAAGUAAACUUAGUCUAUAGAUGACAUAAUUAUAAACUCAUUAAAAACAGUUGAAAUACUGUUGUUGUAAUUUAUAUCAUGGACAUUUUUAAAUGCAUUUUUGUUUUGUUUUAUCAUUAACAUAUGUAUAUUUUUUUUUAUCUUGUCAAAGAAAAGCCGAUUGAAUGAGGUUUGUAAUUCACAAUUUCAAUCUCGUAUUUAUUCUUCAUUAAUUGAAAUAACAAUGGUAUGAUUAAAGCAUCAGGAUACUGGGAUCUUGUGAUAAGCUGGGUUUACAUAACCUUUUUGAUUGAUGUCACGCAAUAUUGAUGUUCAAGAUGUGUUGGCGUGAACACAGUAUUAACUUAUGAAUCCUUCGUGCUUGGCUAUGGCAAACCUUUGCACCGGAUGUAAUUUUAAAUUUUCUUUAUGGAUAUAAUACAAAAAAAAAGAAGGCAUUAUAGUAAAGUUUAUCUAUUAGCUGCUUUAGUUUUUAUGUAAACAUUAAAAAAAUGUAUUUUCCUACACUACUAGGUAGCAGUAGUCCGAAAUUUUAUAGCUCCACUUCUAGGAGAUGGUCAUUUUUUUGAUACUCAAACUUGUUGCUUCUUUACGCAUUAAAAAAACAUCAUGGCGACACAUACCAGGUAUGCUAACCUAUCAUCAUCACCCUAUGCGGCAUUAAUAGUUGGCAUAGUUGUGUUUAUUUUUUUCCUGUUAGUUUUUUUUACAUUAGAGAACAAUUUGUGUUUCGACUGGUGCACAAAUUUAAUUGGUUUUUAUCCCAACUAAUGAUGUUGAAUUCAUUUGUUAUGAAAUUAUUUUAUUGCACCUACGAAAGUCUGACUUUAUUAUCAUGACCAAUAUGUGAUGCAAAGUAGUGAAUUUUAUUAAUUAGUUUUGUCAUUAAAAACAUUGGAAAUAUGUUAAUGUCUUAGUGAGCUGUGUCUUAUAUAUAUUUUUUUUUUGUAACAACAAAUUCAUCAGGUGACUAACUUCAUCAUGUGCCUGAUUCAUGUUGCACCAAUAGGCUCAGCCCCCUUGGAAAAUAAAGUAAACUGUUAUUUUGUUUGAAACCGUUUUGUUUUGUUUUCAGACAAAAGUUUGCAAGUUUUUGUUUUUCUGAUUUGAUUCAGCUUUUUUAUUUAUUAUCCUUUUGGCUUAGAACUUUCUUCAAUCACUAUUUUUUUAAUCUGAUUUCAACAUAUCUCAAGACAGCAUUCCACAAAAAUGUGUCAUCUUUUGAUACAUUCAAACUGGUUAUCAAAUGUUACAUAUUAAAACUUGCCCUCCCCAAAGAUACAACUGUACUUGAUUAUUUUCAAAAGACUUUAGUUCCAUAAAGAAAAUAGACAUUGAUAAAUUAUCAAUACAUACAUAAUGAAAGAGACAAUGAGAACUUAUAAUAGCAUUAAGACCUAUAAUGGAAAGGAAAAUCAUGUUGAGUAAGCUCUGGCAAUUCAGACCCUAUGCUGUUUUCCUACAUUCUUAUGUAUUGAUAUUUAUGAGAUGGUAGGAAUGUUUUUAACUUUAGCCAGGUAUCCACCGUUUAAAAACAAUUACUCAUCUAAUUAUAAAAAUGUAUCGUAGCUGUUAAUAUUUAAAUUAGCACAAGACAUCUUAGAUCUAAUUCCUAGCAAUAGCUAGAAAACCUGCAUUUUGGUUGGAUUUGUUUUUUUAGAGAGCUCAUUUUAUUUUCAGAUAACAUCUCACUGCUCGAUUGAUUCUACAUCAAAAUUAAGAUUAAAAUUAUUUUCCUUUUGCCUGCUAUAACUUGAAGAUCAUGUUUCAAAGGUGUAAAAUAGCUGCUGAAAACAUUUCAUGCUUCAAUAACGUAACCAAUGUACUCUUUGUUUUAUUUUGAGAUGUUUCUUUGCAAUGAAUGCUACAAGAUUGAAGUGUGCUAGGUUUAUCAGGAAGAAAAUGGUAUGAAGUUGAAGUUAAAACUAUAUUGUUUUUUUUCUAUUGAUUUGUUGUUUUAUUUCAGUAUGUACAAUUGUGCAUGAAGAUUGUAAACUCAAUUGUUGUUUUUAUAAACUUGUUAAACUUCUCUAAUAUAUUGAAACUGUAAACUUGCUAUACAAAUAAAAUGAUGGAAUUCAAAAUGUGUAUGAAAGUUUCUUAUGGCAUAUAAAAAAAUGGUAAUAAAAACAAAGAACAUGCUAA